CUGGCCAAUGCCAGAUGAUGUUCAACAGUUUUUGCAAAUGGAUGUACCAAGAAAAACAAAGGCUACGGUCAUUGUUCAGUAUGUUCUGGCAUCGGAUGAGACCAUUCGAUGCAGAUUUGUCCAGAUAUUGCGCGAUAAAGAUCUUAUUCCAAACGAAGUACUUCACCAUGAAGAAAAACAUGCAUUGACAGAUAAUACUUUAUCACGAAAAUCUGGAGAAAUCGAACGAAACUGCUUUUCAAUUGGUGAAUUUCACGUACUCCGCUUCUCAAGCCAUUCAAGAACACGACUGACACUACAAAAACACCUUGAAAAAGACUCUGACACCGUACACUGUCGAUGGUUUAACUGUUUGGCAUUUUUCAUUCGAUUGUUUUCGACGAGCCAAUAUGAAAUGCAUCAAAUGGAGAAAACGUUGACGACCCGAAAAAGAUCAUUCAGUGCUGAUUCCGGAUACACUGGAUCCUAUCACGCUAGUUCUAUGAAAUCACUGGAUAGAGAUAGAUUCGCUUCUGGUAUGUCAUCCACAUUUUCAGAGAGACGCAUAGACUCCUCUACGAUGCCAAGAAUAAGAGAGUUUAAUUGGGAUUCAGAGGUUUGAUUAUUUUUACUACCAGGGUCUUCUGUGAUGUAAAGGGUCUGCCUAUGAACCGGAUGUAUACAUAAUUGUACCUAUACUGUUGAGUGUGUCCCUGUUUUUAUUAUUGUUAAAAACGAGUUUUCUUGGGUCCGAUACCUAAAACAAGUAAAUGUAUUAAACUUAAUUGAAUAGAACAAUGACCGGUGUAAUUUUAAAUAAAACAUAAUUUAUCACAUCAAUAUAUACACAAUUUUAACAUGGGUUACACAUUAACAAAAUCCAAUUCCCGAAAGAUGGUUUGUAUUUUUUUUUAUAAAUUAAGAAUAUGACAUUUAAAACAAGUUUUGCUGUCAAAUAGAUCAAUAUCACUCACAAAGAUACUCACUUUUAUUGGUUUAUAACCUAACAAAGAAAAAAUUAACCCAACCUAUAAGUCCAAAGGAACACGAAGUCAACUGUAUGCUACCGUUUACAUGCAUAUAUGUAUUUUCUGUUGUGCAUAAUUGGGUAUCUAUAAAUUGGAUGAACAAGAUUUUCUAUUAUUUUUUUUCAAAAGUCCAGAUACCAAAGUCAAUUUUAUUUGAGAAUCAUGUUCGUCUAGUGUCCAGAUGACAUAGUCAAAUUUAUUUAUAAUAAUGUUCGUCCAAUGUCCAGAUACCCAAGUCAAUUUUAUUUUGAGAAUCAUGUUCGUCAAAUGUCUAGAUAUUCAUGUCAAAUAUUUUUGAGAAUCAUGUUUGUCCAGUGUUAAGAUACCUAAAUCGUUAUUUUUACUAAACAUCUAUUUCACAUAAAGUUGUGUAAAUGUAUAUAACUUAUUGUUCUUACUGUUUAGUACCUAGAUAAAGCAUUGUAAUUAGAAUCAGAAAAAGGUAUUGUAUUUAAAUUAAAGAGGCUUUUAUGAUUUAUUAUCUAAAGGGUAUGUUUACAUACAAUCGAUCUAUUAGUGUUGAUUUUUGUCUCUCAUGAAUACAGUUAGAUGAAAGUUUCAUCCAAAUUUUUUUUCUUUGGAAUUGGCAAGCAUGACAAUCCGUUUAUUCAUUCCAAAUAAUCACAUAGACAAAAUAUUAUGAAUAUACAUAGUUUUCAUGUCGUAUCAAGAAAUUACAUAAUAAUGAAAAGUAUCUUUUGUAUAUUUCACAAAAUCAUUCAAAAAACGAGAUGACACAUUUUGUUUGAAUAAUGACUUUGAAGACUAUUAGAUCGUAGUACAAAUAAUUAAAGACAUUAACAUAGAAUAAUAUUCGUUCGCUUACAAAAUAUGUCUUAUAAAUACAGUACGUAUUUGGCUAAGCCGAAGGACAACAUUUACAGCAUUAUACUCUUUUUGGUCUUUUUCAUAUUUAUUGAAAAUAUAAUGUGUAUUAAAGUUCUGUUAAAACCACCUUUUUUGAACACGUCAGUUCCAAAAAACAGAAAAGUAGGGCGAAUGUAUGAAACAAAUGUUCGUAAUCUUCUAAUCCAUUACAACUGAUACACAGAGAGGAAUCUUUUAUCUUAACAAAAUUAACAAGUAAACAAAUUAAAGUUGAUCGGAACGAGAUUAUGAAGUAAUUCUAUAUUAAAUUAUUGUUCUCUGUCAACGACUGAUUUCGUGUUAUAUGAUACCAAUUUUUGCAAUUAAUAUUCUCAUGUAUGCGCUGAUUCUAAGUGUGCAUAAAGGGCUUUUCAAAAUUGUGUUUUAUGUAGAUCUGGUAGGUGUCUAUUCGUCAUGUCAUUAAGAGGUAUGAUUUUGCAUGUUAGUAAUAUUUUUAUGUUUACUUUUGUAUUCAUUGAUGUGUCAGUUGUUGGCGUGUUUGUCAAGCGAUUUGGAACGGCUUUUCUUAGAAUAUUUAUUUCUGCAAUCCAGUUAUGUUUAUUACUUAAUAUGAUAUUUGUGUCUAUUUUGCCUGAGUUAGAAAGAAUGUCGUUAACGAAAACUAUAUAAGAAUCGAUCCAGUUUUUGAAGAUAAGAAUGUUUUUGUUGCAUUUGAUAAAUUUAUUACCCCGUAUUAUUCUCUCUCUUUUACCAUAGUGUCUAAUAACGUCAGUCUGGUUAACAGGAAGCGCUGUUUUAAUUGAAUCCAAAUAGGGAACACGCGUUUAUAAAAUUUUGAAAAUUUAUGUGUGUAUUUCAUCAGUGAUUUCAUCGAGUCGACGUUCAUAUGAAAAAAUAUGCAAUUAUCUCCAAAUUGAUUGAAAGGUUAAUCCACUAUGCUAAUUUAUUUUUAAUGAAACGAUGAAUGAAGUCUGUUGUUUUUUGUUUUUUUUUUUCAUGUUAUUUUUACCGCUGUUAUUUUCACUGAAGUGAAAUUCUGAUAUGUUCACUACACUUCACCGCUCUUUUAUAUUUUGGUUUUCAUGUUGCUUAAUAAAAGAAACGUACAGUUUACCUUGACGAGUGAACAUGUUUGAAAUUAACUUUACAAAAUGACGUCACGAAAAUAGUGUUUUAUAGCAAUUUUUCAACACCAAUUCAAUAUAUAUUGUGCUAUUUCGCGUAAUGUAAACAGAAAAUGUGUUUUAUUUAUGUGAAAGAUCGAAAUUUAUUUCAUUGAGUCAUCACAAUUAGCAAUUGAUUUUUUUAACGAGUGGCUGAACCACAAGUGAUAAUAGAGUUUAUUGUUAAUACUCGGUGAAAUAUAUUCCGAUCUUACACGGAAAAUAAAGUAUUUACUCUAUUUCUAACAUUUAUUCAUUUUUGAUCUUGGUAUGUUUUCCAAACUUGUGAUAAACUUGUUUUUGUUGUUGCUUUUCUGUGAUGUUUUGCAAGGUCAUUUUAAAUAUUUAAUUUGGAUAAACAUACAAUUUUUUUUUAGUUUACAUCACUUAAUCAUAAUGGGACUUAAAAGUCCAUAAUAAACACAACUUUACUGUUAUACACGUAGAAAAUCUAGUUAUUUCGUUGGAUUUUGUGCCAUUUAAAGGAGUCUAUUUUAAUGGUGCUGAUUUAUUUUAUUUCAUGAAUUUUUAAAUGGACUAGAAAGCUUUAUUAAAUUUAAUGGCUAUUACAGUUUAAACCGGUCCUUUCAAAAUACUAGUAUGAAACAAUGAGAUGAUAUGAAACAUAAACAUUUAAAAUUUAAUAUGGUUUCUAAAAACGUGUAUGUAAACAGAACAUGCAUACAAGUAAAUUUAACUAAAAUUUGAUGUAUCUGAUGCUUGCCUAUUUGAAAGGUGUACACAGAUAAAAAAUCAGAUUCUUACAGCUAGUGAUCGAGGCAUUUUAUUUUGUUUUUUUGGCAUUUUUUAAGAUAGUGUCAUUCGUUAUUUAAUACUUAAGUAUUGAAGCAAAGAAAGUGUUUUUUGCCCGGCCUUAAUAUCACAAAUCUCUGCCGACUGUUUUGAAAUGUAUUCAUUUUUUCAAAUGGUUUCUAAAUGGGAUAUUCUGUGCUUAAAUGGGGUAUUCUGUGCUUGUAUCGCAAACCGUCGAUGUCAGAUAAAGACUUUAAAAAGUAUUCCUCUAAUUGUUUGGAAAAAUGUUGAUAACUUUUGAACAUUUCAUCUGCAUAAGAGAUUUUAAUUAUGACUUACUGAAAAGACAUAAAUGUAAACAUCUCCCUUACAUUUGUGAUAACUUUCGGUUGGGGGAUGUUAUCUCUGAACCUACAUGUUUUAUGAAAAACUGCAGACCUACAUUUAUUUAUGUCAUCCUCACUAAUGCAACGUAUUUAUGUGUAACACUGUCAACUUUAAUUUCGGCCAUAGCGACUGUCACAACCCCAUAGCAACUAGUUUAAGAGUACAAUGUAAGCCAAUAAUGAAUAGAAGGUCAUACAUCAACUUUGACAACGACCCUUUAAAUUAAUUAUGGAUUAUAUAAAUUGGGCUCACGAAAACCUACUAAAACAAAUCAUUGACGAGCAUGCCCCAGUUAAAAACAAAACAACCCCCCCCCCGAAAAAAAGCACCAACUUUCAUAAAAUCUAGGUACCGUGAACUUAUUUACAAGGCUCGUCAAG